CAGAUUUUUUUUCUCUCAACCACAGCUUGUCUUACCUAGUCUUCUUUCCUCCGGAGUGGUUUUGCUGUGACGAGACAAUGUGUCGCUUCCAUCUGUUGUGAGUGAAGAAGUGGAUAAGGUCGCGUAGCCUGAACUAGAAAGCAUAUAAAAUGAUAUCCGACGAAGAAGACGAAGUUGAGAAAUUCGAGAUAACUGACUUCGACCUCGAAAAUGAGUUCAGCCAGCACAAGAGGAAGAGGUUGUCCAAAAAUCAGCAGAUAUACGGUAUAUGGGCACAAGAAAGUGACGAGGAAGAAGAGGCAGCUCCGAAGGCCAGCUUUGCAUCGCGCAAAAGCUACACAAGUCGCAUUGGAUUUGUAUCCGGUGGGGUUCAACAAUCCGGUAAACCUAAAGCGAGUACGUCCAGUCUCGUAGAAGAUGAGGAAGAAGUGGUUGUGGUCUCGAAAAAGUCAAAGAAACCUUCGCAGUAUGCCGGUCUUGGGUCAAACGAGCUCGCCGGCAUGCGUUCAUCAUCCUCAUCUUCCGUAUCUAACUCCAAUAUCGCCAACUGGGAGAAGUACACGAAAGGCAUCGGUUCUAAAUUGCUCCUUCAAAUGGGCUAUCAACCCGGGAAGGGUCUCGGGUCAAGCCUUCAAGGGAUCGCAACCCCUGUCGAAGUUCACAAGCGACAAGGUCGUGGAGCUAUUGGUGCUUAUGGUGUGGAAAAAGGCCAGCGCUUGGCCGACACGAAAGAAACUUACGGAAAGACGAAGCAGAACAACGAAGCCGGUUCCGGAUCCGGUGCUUGGCGGAAAUCCGAAAACACGGCUAAAAAGAAGAUCAAGUACGUGUACCGAUCAGUUGAAGAGGUGCUUGAGUCCAGCCAAGGCAAGAGAUUCGAACCCGUCGAGCUCAGUGAUGCCUCGCAAGUCAAAGUCAUCGACAUGCGUGGUCCUGAGCAGCGGAUCUUCUCGGGAUACAGUCACUUGCGCCACGAACAGUUUGUGCCUCAAGAUGUAACCUUAGCUGAAAAGCUGAAGCAUCGCAACUUCGAUCUUCCCGAGCUCAUGCACAACUUAGAUCUGCUCACCGACUUGGCCGAAGAGGACCUCGUGAAGCUGGACAAGAAGUCGAUGUACAGCUCAGACCGUAUUGUAGCCUUGGAGCAAGAGGAAACCGUUUUGACAAAGCGUCUGCGAGAAGAAGACGAAGCCAUUUCCGUUCUCAACGAGCUGUUAGACGUGACGAAUCAGCUCGAGGCGAGAUGCACUAAUGUGUCCGAGGCAUCCGAUCUUCGCCAGAUUCUGACCGAAGGUUUCGCCAUGCUCGGCCUCGCGCGUUCCAAACAUCCCAUCGAGUUCAAAUUCUUCAAGCUGCACCACUUGGCCGUGCCGAUCUUGUUCCCGCUCGUGAAGCGGUAUUUGCACUCUUGGCACCCAUUGGAGUGCGCCAAUUUCGGCACAGACGUGUUUGGCGAUGCCAAAGUCUUGCUGGAAGACGUCGGCGGUGAAGCCAGUGACAAUGUGUAUUAUAAGCUCGUGUGGGACUGUUGGAUGCCGCGUCUCCGCGCCGCAGUGAGCAUUUGGGAGCCGCGAGAGUGCGAGAAGCUCGCGACCAUUUUCGACGUGUGGAAAGAACUCGUUCCUCAGCCGUGUUGGCUGCAUAUUCUCGAGGCCGUCGUUUUGCCCAAGCUUCAGGCUGCGGUUGACGAGUGGAACCCGUUGACGGACACGGUUCCGAUCCAUGGCUGGAUCCAUCCUUGGUUGCAGUACAUGGGAACGCACUUGGAAAUUUUGUAUCCCGUCAUCCGGCAGAAAUUGGGCGAUGCUUUGAUGAAUUGGCAUGCUGCUGAUAGAUCUGCGAGGCUCAUGCUCACGCCUUGGGUCGGAGUCUGGUCUCGUGGGUCGAUGGAAGCCUUUUUGCUGAGGCACAUAGUCCCUAAACUUCAUGCUGUGAUGCUCCAGGUGAGUUUGGCGCCAGGACAAGAACCCAAUGCCCAGCAAAUGUCGUGGGUCUCGGAAUGGUCAGAGAUGAUCCCGUUGCCCAUGUUCAGCGCCAUCUACAUGCAGUCCUUCUUCCCGAGAUGGCUGCAAGCUUUAUCCUUGUGGCUGAACCAUGCCCCGAGACAGCAAGAAGUUUCUGCGUGGUACGUCAAGUGCAAGACGUUGUUUCCUGCCGUUUUGCUGAGUGUUCCCGCCAUCAAAGAUUAUUUGCGACAAGCGUUGGAAAUGAUGCAAAGAUCUGCCCUGGGGGUGAAUAAUCCGGGAUUGAAUAAUCCGGGAUUGAUGCCGGUUGGGCCACAAGCGCCGCCGCCGCCACCACCGCCGCCGUUUGCCGCCACCGCUCAGGAAAUGCAGAGACAACUUGACUUGAGUGUCCUUGCAGAAGCGAUGAACGCCAGAGGAAGUGCGCAAGAAGGAUUCAAGGAUGUUCUCGCCAGACGGUGUCACGAGCGGGGAAUCGUGUUUUAUCCGAUCCCGAAUCGAACUCAUGAAGCGAAACAAGUUUACCUCUGCGGGAAACUGAAUUUGUGUCUAGAUAAGAAUGUUAUUUUCAUGUUGAACGAACGCGGGGUUUGGGUUCCUGUGGCCUUGCAAGACUGCAUAGAACUGGCGUCGCAACAGUGAAUGAAGGGAGAUAUGAAGGUUGUGUUUUUUUGUGGCAUGAUUUUGCCAUUUUGAUGAUUUAUUUUCAACAAAAUUUUUUAGAAGGA